AUGGAGCUCCAUCAGUCAGCGAGGUUACCAGGAUCGAGCUUCAACCUGCCCGAGGUUUUGUAUACACACUCUGAGGACAUUCAUAGCUCGAGGGUAUAUUAUAUUGUAGUCUUUGAGGUCAUCACCGGUCUGUGUGGGACGCUGCCAGUGACGUCACACGGCCCUACUUCAAUGAGAGGCUCGGAGGUCGGAGGUCGGAGGUCACCUACAGCCAGUCCACUAUCAUUACUACUACUAGUCCACUAUCAUACUGUACCUGUACGUUUGGAUGAAGAGGGAAGAGCGACGGACGAAGCUGGUGAUGGAAACACGAGACACUGGUGUCUGAGAGGAGUGACGAUGACACCAGUGUCACAGAGAGGGACUCACUCACUGUACUUACAGGUGUAUAGAAGAUAA